AUGACUCAGUCACAGCUCGACGUGGUGAAAUCCAUGUACGACGAGCGGAGCGAACAGUACGACGAGAACGACGUCCACGUGAGACAGGCGCGGGACUACAUCGCCUGGGCCGACUUGAAGAACGGGGAAAACGUGCUCGACCUGGCCUGCGGGACGGGUCUCGUGGCCAUUGGGGCCAAGCAGGUGACCGGGAGCUCAGGGUGCGUCGUCGGCGUCGACAUCAGCGAGGGGAUGCUGAACGUGGCGCGCCGCAAAGCCCAGGCCGCCGGGCUCGACAUUGCCUUCUUCAACCACGACGUCUCCGACCUCACGGGCCUUGAAUUUGUGCCGCAAGCCUCGGAGGACGGUGGGUUGUUGUUCGACGUGAUUACCUGCGCGUCGGCGCUGAUCCUCCUCCCGGAUCCCCUCCAGGCGGUCAAGAACUGGAAGGCCGUGCUCAGACCCGGCCGCGGCCGUCUGAUCACCGACGUGCAGACCAAGGACGCAAACGUGGUCAUGAACAUCUUCUCGGCCGUCGCCCCGCAGGUCGGCGAGACCGUCCCCUGGCACUCGCACCUGUGGCAGUCACAGCAAGCUCUGGCGGCCUUGAUGGCUGACGCGGGGUUCCGCGUCGAGAGGGUCUUUGAGACCGAGGCCUACGCGAGGGCGCAAUAUCAUCUUGACGCAGCCGCGCAGCUGUUCGACAAGGCUGUCAGCAAGGCCAUGUUCAAGGACUUUGGCCGCGCCGAGAUUCGUGAGAGAGCCAAAGAACUGUUUGUCCGGAAGUUCGCAGAGGUGGCUGGGCCAAAGGGCAUAAUUGAGGAGGAGACAAGAUACUGGGUCAUCGUGGCCACUAAGCCGGGAUGA